UCAGUCCAUCAUGGCUGGUGAUAGCGAUGGUCUCGUUGCUCAUUUUUUGAGUAUUUUUUCUAUUCCCGUUUUAAUAUGUACGAUUUUCACGAUUUGACAAUAAUUGCAACAAAAACUGCACCAUGUUCAAGCAUAAAAAAUCCGGAAAAAAGCAUACUUCAAAUAAUUUAGCAGAUGUUACAAUCAACGACUUUGCCAACUCUUCAGUGUGCAAAAACCGAAUUAAAAAAUCAACAGCAAACGUAACCAAAGUACUAAAGCAACUAGAAGACGACAAAAACUGGGACGAAAAAACCGAAGAUUUCGAUGGUAAUUUCGUCGAACAAGAAAACGAAGAUGGGACCAUUUCAUACGUCAUAAUCCCGAAAACUGAGCCACGAAGACGAAGAAAAACUGCAUCAAGCAGUGAAGACCGUCAAUGUGAAGAAAAAAGCAUCGGAAACGAAUAUCCCAUAGACAUUUGGUUCCUAAUUUCGGAAUAUAUUCGACCUGAAGAUGUCGGAAGGUUCGCAGGAAUUUGCAAAGCUUCGUACCAAGUGGUUUCAACAGCGAAAUUUUGGUUCUCCAUGUACAAACGGCACUACAAAAACGUCCCAAAUCUCCCGGAACGGCUCCACCCGGAAUGCCUUUUCAGGAAAUACGGCAUACGCACUUCAGUCAUAAGGGCUUUAAAUUUCAUGUACAAACCGUUCAUUUCGCGCCUGAAAUCCCUCGAACGGCUGGAACAACACCCAGACAUGCUGAAAAAAAGCCAAUGCGUGUUAAUGUGGCACAAGAAAACUGAAAACCAAUGUUUGUAUUUCUUCAAAAUGAAAGUUAAUCAACCACAUCAUCGCAGGACGAAAACCGGUCAAAAACCAGACCUUCUGGAGAUGUUAGACGACGUUUUCGCAAAUCAAGACGAAUGUUGCAGGAUUUUGCAAGUCACGUGCAAACACCUCAUACCAAUAGCCCCAGUUUUGGGGUUAACACUCACCUCGGCCCAACUCAAUCUCUCCUCAGAACUUAGAUCCUACAAAUUACAGUUGUGGUUCGGGUCUGAGAUACAGAGUUGCAAACCAAAUGCCAACGGAAACACACUCAUCAUCCUUGAACCUGUGAUCAAUGUUAAAGUGCUAGACUGGUGGCACCCUCUCUACCCCCAUAGCCAUAACUUGGAGUUUUUGUGCAACCCGGAAUAGCCCCCCUACCAAACACCCGUUAAGAUUUUUUACUUAAAGUUAGUUCUUUGCAACAUUUCCGAUGGAUUUAUUUUUACAAAUAAAUUUUUUAUUUCGUU